AUGGUACUUUGUUCUCUGUCAGUUCCGUUCAGUGGUCAUAUCACAGGUGGGAUGAGGCCUGGAAAGAAGAUCAUUGUGAUGGGGAUAGUGAAUCCUGAGCCUGACAGCUUUGACAUCAGUCUGGCCUGUGGGUGUGGCACAGUGGAUGAGGCUCCUCCCACUGACGUGGCAUUAGAGCUCUGUGCCAAGUUCGAGGACCUCCAGUUCCUACGUAAGGCCUGUGUUUCGGGCACCUGGGGUGACGCUGAGAAGCUCAUCCCCUACUUCCCCUUCAUCGAGGACCAACCUUUCCGGAUCGAGAUCCAUUGUGAACUACUGCGUUUCCGUGUAUUUGUGGAUGGACACCAGCUCUUUGAUUUUUACCACCGGGUGCAAUCCUUACUGGACAUUGACACAUUAAGGAUUAAUGGUAGUUUAACCAUUACCAAACUCGGAUAGAGGGAAGAAGGACUGUGUAGGAUGCACUUUACAGAAGUGGUGAUGGAACCUUGCCUCCCAUAAUCCUCACCCUUAGCAACAUUGUGGACAUCGACUUGAAAGCAAUGUCUUAGCCUCUUUGAGCCUCAGCUGACAAAAUCGAUUGCAAAGCAAUGUUCUGUCCCUGGAUUUUCUAUAGGAUGUAGCCUACCUAUUUCUGUUAGUCGUGAUUUAUUUUUUGUUUCGUGGUAUUGAGUGCUGUUGGUUUGAGAUGGUCAUGAAAUAAAAAAGCUUCCAGGGUAAAAAGAAAACUUUAAAAGAUCAGAGAUCUUGAGCAAUACAUUUUUUGGUGUUAAUGAAAGCUCUCAGGAGGAAUUACAUACGCACACAUACUGCUCUGAACA